AUGCCAAAUACAGCUACUUCCGGUCGAAACUCGACUGAUCUGUCUCGACCUGUGAAAAGACGACGUGUCCCACUUGAACUCGACACGAUUCUUUCAGAGUCAGAUGGCUCGAUCGAGGACCAUCAGCUUUGCGACCAUCUGAUCAAUACAGCCACGGAGUCAAACAAAAGGCUCAGGGCCGAGGUUGCAGAAACCCGGGGCAAGUUGACAAGAGUCCAAGGAGACUAUGACGAACUGGAAUCCAAUCACUCACAGUGCCCAUACUGGAUACAACGGAAUGAGUCGCUUGCUCAGACGCUGGACCACCGCUGUGAGAAGCUUGAGCAAGAGAAUGAAAAUCUUCAAAGUAUGUGCGACGAGCUGAAGGCAGAAAUUAGGCGCCUCCGGGGUCUAGUUCACGACGAAAGGGUUGAUAUCGACGGAGAGGGAAAUGAUGAUAUCUAG